AUGGAUGAUCUCGAAGCGCUCGAGCAUCUGUCGCUCGUCUCCAAAGUGGCUUCAGAGAUUCAGAACCACAUGGGCAUCAGCGACAAGACCAUCGCCGAAUUCGUCAUUGCCCAACAUGAACAGUCCAAGAACCUCGAUGACUUCAAGACGAAGCUGUCUGAAUUCGACUUCUCGGCCACUCUCGCUACUGCAAUCGAUCGAUUGGUGCUGACCAUGCACCCCAAGUACAAAUCGAAAUCAAAAACACAAGCGCAUACCGACGAUGAGGAUGAGCGAGAUCUUGACGGCGAAAGAGACAGGAAAACAAGGGUUUUCAAGGGAUUGGUGAUACCGGAUAAAGAUGUCGCAUUUGACGACCAAGACGACAACAUGCCGCAAGAGGAGGAUUCGAAACUGGACGCUAUGGACGACACUUUUGCCCUGCUUGAGGGACUGGCAGGUGCGGGUAAGUCCAAGGCAAAACCCAGCGCUCCUCGCAAGCGUAGCAUCGACGAAUCACCAGUGCUAUACAAGAUUUAUGAUGGUAGAGUCACUGGAGUCAAAGACUUUGGUGUCUUCGUGAAUCUGUACGGAGUGAGGGGCAAGGUAGACGGCCUGGUACAUAUUUCUGCUAUGGCUGAGGGUAAGGUCAACCACCCUUCUGAUCUAGUGUCUCGCAACCAGGAGGUCAAAGUCAAGGUCAUGAAGGUUCAAGACAAUCGCAUCAGCUUAUCCAUGGCUGAAGUUGAUCAAGUAACCGGACAAGACUUUGCUCCUCACAAGCGCAUUGGUGCCGCUACUGGCGCAAAUGCUUUGGGUAUGAACGGAGAUGAACGAUACGGCAGUCUCGCCUCCAACCGUUGGGAAAUCAAACAGUUGAUUGCCUCAGGGGCAAUCUCAGCCAAGGAGUAUCCUGACAUUGACGAAGAUUACAACGCGGCACUUAGAGGAGAGGAGAUUGAAGAGGAGGAAGAUGUUGAUAUUGAAGUCAGAGAGGAAGAACCACCUUUCCUUGCCGGACAGACCAAGCAGUCUCUUGAGCUUUCCCCCAUUCGAGUGGUCAAGGCACCUGAUGGCUCUAUGAACAGAGCGGCCAUUGCUGGAGAUAACUCCGGAGUUGAUUUGCAGGCGCAAUGGAAUGACCCUAUGGCAAACCCUGAACAACGACAAUUCGCCAGCGACCUGCGCCAAGCUCGUCAGAACGAUGGAGAAGUACCAGAAUGGAAGCGUAUCGCGUCGCACAGCAAGACUCAGUCUUUCGGCAAACGCACCAAUCUGUCAAUCAAGGAACAGCGCGAGACUCUACCCGCUUUCCAGUUCCGAAAACAAUUCUUGGAGGCUGUCGCAGGCUAUCAACUUUUGAUUGUCGUUGGAGAUACUGGAUCUGGAAAAACAACUCAGUUGACACAAUAUCUCGCUGAAGAAGGUUACGCUAACUCAGGCGUGAUCGGAUGUACACAACCUCGUCGUGUUGCUGCAAUGUCGGUCGCUCAACGUGUCGCCGAGGAAGUCGGAUGCCGUUUGGGAGAAGAAGUUGGUUACACCAUUCGUUUCGAGGACAAGACUUCAAGCAACACGAAGAUCAAGUACAUGACCGAUGGUAUCAUGCAACGUGAGAUUCUUCUGGAUCCCGAGCUAAACAGGUACUCCGUCAUCAUGCUUGAUGAGGCUCACGAGCGUACGAUUGCGACCGACGUUCUGUUCAGUUUGCUCAAGAAGACAUUGAAGAAGCGACCCGACAUGAAAUUGAUCGUCACAUCAGCAACUUUGGACGCAGCAAAGUUUUCCGAGUACUUCAAUCAAUGCCCUAUCCUCACAAUCCCUGGUCGCACUUUCCCUGUCGAGAUUAUGUACUCUCGUGAGCCCGAAUCAGACUAUCUCGAUGCUGCUCUCACGACGGUCAUGCAGAUCCAUCUCACUGAGCCUCCAGGUGAUAUUCUGCUUUUCUUGACUGGUAAAGAGGAGAUUGAUACAUCGUGUGAAAUUCUCUACGAGCGCAUGAAAGCAUUGGGUCCGAGUGUCCCAGAACUCAUGAUUCUUCCUAUCUACGGGGCCCUGCCUAGCGAGAUCGCAAGCAAGAUCUUCGAGCCUGCGCCAGUGGGCACCAGAAAGGUGGUCAUUGCAACAAAUAUUGCUGAGACAUCCAUUACUAUCGACGGCAUUUACUUCGUCGUUGAUCCAGGUUUUGUCAAGCAGAGCGCAUACGAUGCUAGACUUGCUGCUUACCAAUCCGAGAUGCUACCAACAACCAUUCCUGAAAUCCAGCGUCAAAAUCUUGCUAGCACUAUUUUGACACUCAAGGCUAUGGGUAUCAACGAUUUGCUUCACUUUGACUUUAUGGAUCCGCCACCAACAAAUACUAUGUUGACGGCAUUAGAAGAACUUUAUGCAUUGUCGGCGCUGGAUGACGAAGGAUUGCUUACUCGUCUUGGUAGACGUAUGGCCGACUUCCCGAUGGAACCUACGCUCGCCAAAACAACAAUCAUGUCAGUUGACCUAGGAUCCAAAUUCCACGAUGCAUCGGGCGAUCAUCUGACUCUACUCAACGUAUACAAUGCCUGGAAGCAAAGCCGAAUGAGCGACCCAUGGUGCUUUGAGAACUUUAUUCAACCACGAAGCAUGAAGAGAGCAGAGGAUGUACGCAAGCAAUUGGUACAGAUUCUUGACCGUCUGCGUUUACGUGUCGUCAGCUGCGGUCGUGAUACCACACGCGUGCGCCAAGCACUCUGCAGUGGCUUCUUCAGAAACUCGGCUCGCAAGGAUCCUCAAGAAGGCUACAAGACUUUGAUUGAAGGCACACCAGUAUACAUGCAUCCUUCGUCGGCGCUGAAUCGCAAGGCAGCUGAACAUGUCAUCUACCACAGUUUGGUAGAAACAACCAAGGAGUACAUGCACAAUGUUACAGUGAUCGAGCCAAAAUGGCUUGUGGAAGCAGCACCGACGUUCUUCAAGGUUGCAGGCAAGGAAGGAGGACUCAGCAAGAGAAAACGAGCGGAAAGGAUUCAGCCUCUCCACAACAGAUUUGCUGGUGAGGAUGAUUGGAGACUUAGUGCUCAGAAGAAGCAAGGUAGAGGUGGUGGUGGAACUUGGGGAUAG